AUAAGUAUGAGAGGGAUGUAGCGCGUCACGACUCAAGGUACGGUACGUUUUCUCUCUCUUUUUUGCUCUGUUUCAUGUCGACAGCAACAGGCGCCAGCAACGAUCCUAUACGCACCGAGGGCGAUGGAGGCGCCGCCGGCUUACUUGCUGCCGAGGCAGACAAUCUUGGGGAGCACGGCGGCUUCCCGUGGAUGCGGGUGUUGGUGCUCGCUAUCCUCACCUACAACUUCCUGCUGGCCUUGUACCGAUCCACGGACGACCCCGGGAAUGCCGCCUUCGUCGUCGCAUCGUACGCGGACUUGAUCUCGCUCUUCUACUGCCUCCGCCUCUUCGAGAGAACCCCCGAGGCGGCAGUCCAGAUGAGGAAGAACCUCAAGAAGGCGGUGUGGUGCCUCUCAGCUUUGCUCGUAGCCAUGUUCAGCUACCGCGUGGCCGCCGUCAUGCCACCGGCCGUGGCGGUCAUCGUCUGGUGCAUGGCGGGGUUCACUGUCUCCGGCGGCUUCUGCGCACUGUUCGUCUUCGACAGCGAUGGUUACGGCGACACGGAUGGCUGUGAAAAGAAGUACUUGACGGCAUGAUGCGGGCUCUUGAGGUGAAGUCUCGAAACUGACCAUUUACCCUCCAACGAUCGGUGCACCGAAUGAAUGACAUGAGAAAACUAGUUCAGAUGGUCGCAGAUGAGCCCCCAAAUCAAAAGACUACAGAAGACACGUGCACCGAAUUGACGUGCACGUGAGACCUAACUUGCACUCUCAGAACAGAGCUGAAUAGAACAAAUGAUGUGCUACACGCGGACGUUAUAUAGACCAAAUGAUGUCUGGACCAGAGAAAUAUGAGUAGACGGGAUCGGGCGUUUUCCUCCUCUUCUCUUCACCAAAUUCUACUCUCUCUCUCUCUCUCUCUCUCUCUCUAGACCUAACUUGGACUCUCAGAACAGAGCUGAAUAGACCAAAUGAUGUGCUAUACUCGGAGGUUAUAUAGAUCAAAUGAUGCCGGGACCAGAGAAAUAAGAUGAGUAGACGGGAUCGGGCCUUUUCCCCCUCUUCUCUUCUUCACCAAAUUCUACCCUCUCUCUCUCAUGUUCAUAACUUCCUAUUUCUUCCUUUUUCCUAUGUUCAGCACUUCCUAUUCUCCCCAUUUCCGCCCAAAAUAUUAGCACUUUUACUAAUAUAUUUAAUGCCAAGGAACGAUUGUGCAGUUUUUUUA